AUGGCCAUGGACAACACCACCGUCGCCAUCACCACGGCACUGACGACGUUCGUCACGGGCUACAUCUUUGGCCUCUAUGCCAGCCGCGGGUACCUCUUCUCCCCCGCGCUGCAGGCCGAGCGCCGCGCCAAUCGGGACGACCCCGUCGAGAGCGCGGAGAGCGACGUCGACGAGGACGACUCGCUGCUGGACCACGCGCCCAACUGGAGCAACGGCGAGGCCGCCGACGUCAAGCAGGGCUUGCGUUUCGGCGCCUCCGGCACUGCUGCUCCCAAGCUCAAGCUCACCAACGAGGAGUGCAAGCUCGUCCUCGUGGUUCGCACCGACCUAGGCAUGACCAAAGGCAAGAUCGCCGCGCAGUGCUCCCACGCCACGCUCGCCUGCUACAAGGCCCUCGCCGCCCAUCCGGACCCGGACUCGCCCGAGCGCCGUAUGCUGGCCCGCUGGGAGCGCCAUGGCCAGGCCAAGAUCGCGGUGCAGCUCAAGAGCCAGGAGGAGAUGCUGCAGCUGUGCCGCAAGGCCCGCGGCAUGGGCCUCACCGCCGAGGUCAUCAAGGAUGCUGGCCGUACGCAGAUCGAGGCCGGCAGCAUGACGGUCCUCGGCGUCGGCCCCGCGCCCCGGAGCCUUGUCGACGAGGUGACUGGCCACCUGAAGCUGUUGUAA